GUACUUAUUAUGCCUGUAUCUAUCAAAAGAACAUCAUCAUCAUCAUCAUCAUGUGGCUGGCUGCCUGUCCGUCCGUUGAGGAAGAGGAGUAAAAGUUGAGUAGAGUUUAUCAGGUAGAGCAGAACAUUCAUUCCCCUACUAGCCCCAUCACCUCGUUUGAUGAGCUUUUAGUAUUGUGAUAUUCAUUGUUGAUUGUCUUGUCAACUCUGACUAGCGCGGGCGGUGGGAAUUGGGAACUAUGGAGAGCGACGAGAGGGCACCACUUCUGGAGGCCAGCUUGAACCAGAAUCAUAUCGUCAGGUUGGACGAAGAUGUGGAGUCGAUGGUGCAGAGCCAUUUAACCAAAGACGAGCAGAAUCUGUAUGAUGCGUCGGUGGGAGAGAGAUUGGCCUACAAUGAUUAUACGACGAUUGACUGGCUGCACGAUCUGGUCAAAGACUCGUACCGAUUCCGAUUCAUCGGUGAACGAAAGGGCAUCCGAUUCCAGCUCAUCAAGUACUUCGAUCAAGCUUCCGGAUGGAUUGCAGCAGCGCUCAUCGGCAGUCUGACAGCCUGCGUAGCCUUUCUCGUCGAUGUCGCCGAAGCGACCGUCAGCGAUUGGAAACUCGGCUACUGCUCGCCCAAUCCUUUCAAGACUCGAGAAGCAUGUUGUGCCAAUCGGACACCACUUACCAACCUACCCAUCGCAGCGGACGACGACGGCGCGGGAUUGGACUGCGUGCAUUGGAAGCCCUGGUCUUCGAGCUACGCAUCCCUUUUCCUCGCCUAUCUGGGCUUUGCCCUCGCGUACGGUAUCAUCAGUGGCAGUGUCACGCUCUUGACGAAGCGGUCUCUCCCGGCUACGGCUCCAGGCUAUGGUGAUAGGGAUCAGAGCAGCAAACAACAGCCAGCACCAGUAGCGGGCAAAAGCAUGUACAUGGCAGCGGGCUCAGGGAUCCCCGAGAUCAAAACUAUCCUUUCUGGCUUCGUCAUACCAGGAUUUCUCGAUUUCCAAAUUCUCGCCGUCAAGGCUAUUGGCGCCGUCUUCGCAGUGGCAACGGGUAUGUGUCUGGGCAAAGAGGGCCCGUUUGUACACAUUGCUACGAGUGUGGGCUACCUCGUCGCGAAAUGUUUCCACAAGUACCGCGACAAUGGUCGUAAGAUGAGAGAAAUUCUGUCCGCGGCGUGUGCGGCUGGGUUGAGUGUUGCAUUUGGCGCUCCUAUCGGUGGUGUGCUCUUCGCAUACGAGGAAAUCUCGACAUAUUUUCCUCGGAAAGUGCUGUGGAGAGCGUUCUUAUGCUCACUCUGCGCUGCCAUGGUGCUCCGGGCAUUGAACCCAAAUGGUACGGGAAAGCUCGUGCUCUUCGAGACCAACUACGGCACUUCCUAUAGUCCCGUCCAUUAUCUGGCCUUUAUCUUUCUCGGAAUUGUAGGUGGCGUGUUUGGUGGCCUCUUUUGCAAACUCAAUUACAUCUGGAGUAAGUGGUUUCGCUCGUUCAGCAUCAUCAAGAAUCACCCGGUCCUGGAGGUCUUCCUGGUCGUUCUCGUCACUGUUCUGCUGCAGUAUCCCAACCCCCUCACCCGCGAGCCUGGAGACGUGAUCAUCAAGAACUUGCUCGUUGACUGUCGUGAUGAUGACUCGCGACACACCUGGGUCUGCCAGCAAGAGAGCUUCGAGAAUCGUUCCGGGUACUAUGGCUUUCUUGUUCACGGGACACUGACCAAACUCAUCCUCACCAUCGUCACAUUUGGCAUCAAAGUGCCCAGUGGUAUCAUCAUACCUUCAUUAGACGCCGGUGCAUUCUUCGGCAGACUCACAGGCCAACUCAUCCCAGGAAUCUCUCCAGGCAUCUUCGCCAUGGUCGGCGCCGCCUCCUUCCUCGCCGGAGUCUCACGCAUGACCGUCUCCCUCGUCGUCGUCAUGUUCGAACUCACCGGCGAACUCGAAUACACCGUGCCGCACAUGCUCGCCAUUCUCACAUCCAAAUGGGUCGCCGACUCUCUCGGCGGCAAAGAAAGCGUCUACGAUCUCGCCCAAAACGUCCUCGGACAUCCCUUUCUCGAUAUCGACCAUUCUAUGCAACUUGUGCAAAAAUUACCUCAGCAUGCUAUUGUUGCAGAGAUUCUUCCGCCGAAACAGACUAUGGAUGAAAUUACGGUGAAUGUUCCCGAUCAUUCGAAUACGGUUUCGAGAGCGCUGUUGGUGAAGAAACUUCAUCAGCUCCAGGCUAGAGGGCUGAUGGAUGCGGGAUUGGUUCUUGUAAAUCAAACUACGGGGAUUCUGCAAGGUUAUCUUGGGCAAGCUGAACUGGAAUUCGGACUUGGUUCGUUGAGUGGAUUACACAAUGAUCAGAAUAUGGAAGAAGUCCGUUUGCUUAGCUCUGCGGCUGCUGCUCCGUCAGGAGAAGAAGAAGAAGAGCAAGAAGAACAAGAACAAGAAAACAUCAUCGACCUUUCCCAUUUCGUCGAUCGAACCCCUCUGACACUUUCAGCUGUAGCACCAAUGGAAUAUGCAGUAGAAAUGUUUGGGAAAUUGGGACUCAGAUAUUUGAUGAUUACGGAGGAAGGGACGGGAAAAAUUGUUGGGGUGGUGAUUAAGAAACGAUUGGUGGCUUAUUUGGAUGGGAUAAAGAAUGGAUGAAUGAAUGACUGAGUGAAGUACAUAAGAUCGGUACAUGAGGUCGUUGAGUGUGGAGAUGAUUGAUGUUUAGGUAUGUAUAGGUAUGUGUGUGUGUGUGUGUGUGU